AUGUCUGAAUUCUCGGACUGGUAUUUUGGUGUACCAGAAAUCACCAGAUACUGGUUUACCGGAAGUGUCGUUUUGCCGCUAUUAGGCCGAUUUGGUUUGUUUAGCCCCAGCUUAAUGCUUCUUGAAUGGAAUCUAUUUUUCCACAAAUUUCAGAUAUGGCGACCAGUGACAGCAUUAUUUUAUUAUCCAUUAACACCUUCAUCGGGUUUUCACUGGUUAUUAAUGCUGUACUUCAUGUAUAAUUAUUCUCGUAGCAUUGAAACUGGACUCUUUGAUGGUCGACCAGCAGACUAUCUUUCAAUGCUUAUUUUCAACUGGAUCAUCUGCACCAUAAUAUGUCUGGCGGCUGGUGUGUAUUUUCUUCUGGAACCAUUGGUUCUUAGUGUGUUGUACGUAUGGUGCCAGAUAAACAGAGACCAAAUUGUACAGUUUUGGUUUGGAACACAAUUUAAAGCGAUGUAUUUGCCAUGGAUACUUGUCGGUUUCAAUAUAGUUCUUCGAGGAGGUGGUAUGAAUGAACUAAUCGGGAUUCUCGUUGGACAUGCUUACUAUUUCAUAACAUUCAAAUACCCGCAGGAUUUUGGUGGUCGCAGUUUUUUACAAACACCACAAAUCUUGUACAGAUGGUUCCCAAGUCGGACCAACGUCGUCCAUGGAUUUGGUCAAGUGCCAUCAUAUAGAAGAACAAACAUAGGUGACGGUAGAGCAGUUAGACAUAACUGGGGGCAGGGCCGUCCGUUGGGUGGUCCAGACUGA